UCGGUGAACUUCAGCAAGUCGGGUCGCCUGCGAAACUUCACCUCUGGAAACCAACGAACUUCAAAGUUCGGCGAUCACAGUAAUGGGAUGAAUGCCAACCGAACUGAGCAAGAGCAAACCAUACAAGACCACGAUAAUGACACGCGUUAUCUCACUGCGCAGUUGACGCUGGGUUUGACACGGCUUUAUUCGCGAGUAGGGAGUCGGGGGAUGCCGCAUACACCCGGGGAUCGACCGAGCGCAAAGCGUCAGUGCGUAGAAGGUCCUUCAACGGCGACUGAGGACGUGCUGAUGUCACCGCCAACAAGUCGUGCGUCUCCGUAUACCUCCACCACCCUCCUCGCGAACCGCUACCAAGUCACCGGCACAGCCGGCCAAGGCGCCUGGUCUCACACUCUCCUCGCUAUCGACACAUACUCCCCCUCCCAUCCCACCGUCGCCAUCAAAGUCAUGAACCCGGGUCUCGAAAGAGCCGGGGCGCAGGAAUUGAGGGUGUUGAGGGAGAUUCACGGGGUGACUCUACCAUAUGGUGUUGAAAAGCCGGUUGUGAAGGCCUUUGGCGGGUUUGUGGCGGAGAGAGGGAGGUAUUGUUUGGUGUUGGAGGCGUUGGGUGAGGCAGGGAUGAGGGCGCCGGGGUGUACGUGUGGGAGUGGGGGUGGACAGGGGGUUGAGCAUGAGAGCGUGGAGUGUCCCAGCGUGCAUGCGUUCGUGAGGAAAGUUGCGGUGCAGUUGUUGCAGGAACUCGUGUUGCUGCAUGAAGGGUGUGGAAUGAUUCAUGCAGAUAUCAAACCGGAGAACGUUCUUCGUGUUCGGGACUCGAGUCCGACGUCAGCGAAGUUGAAGCUUAUCGACUUUGGUAAUGCGAUCCGUAUCGCAGACAUCCCGGACUACUACGGUGACUAUGAAGUUCAGAGUGCGCAGUGGCGGGCGCCGGAGGUUCUGCUUGGUGUUCCUUUCGGCCCGAAGGUUGAUUGUUUCAGUGUUGGAGUGAUCCUUGCCGAACUCCUCCUAUCCGCAUCGAACGAACAAGUCGAGGCGUUGUUCCCUCCAGCAUCGAGUCGUGGUCAGUUGGUGCGUGCUUACACCUCCAUGAUCGGAGCACUACCAAAGCGGUUCUCAGAGGGCAUGUACUGGAAGCCUGAAUAUGCUAAUAUCGGAAGUCACACACUACGAGCGAUGUUGACACGAUGUAAAGAUACGCAGCUUGUUGACUUUAUUUGUGGGUUGAUGGAGGUGGAUCCGGACAAGCGAUUUUCGGCGCGGCAGGCGUUGGGGCAUCCGUGGAUUGUGGGGCCGUUGCUGGGAGUUUGGAGUAUCGUUGGGGUUGAACCUCAGGUUCCUGUUCAAGGCGUUUCCGGCGAUAAAUCACAUGAAAACGCCGCUACUGAGUAUCGUCGCGUUGAAGCUCCUGCGAGCGUCUACUCUGAGAGUGCGCGUAAUUCUACUACAGCGGUUGCACGUUCUGAGGACGUCGUCAGCGCGGUAGUGGCCGAGGCUUCUACGUUGGCGACACACCUGGCCUUACAGAGCAGUCACGAGGAACGUAUUGCGAGCAGUGGCAGUAUGGCGGCAGGUCAUAUGCCACCGGCAGAAACACGACUCAUCACCCCUUUAAGUGUGGAUUCUCCGCAUACAGGGGGUAUGGCUGGUAUUCGCGAUAACUGUACGGGUACUACGAAUACUGCAGAAUCCAGGCCAGUUGAGAGCACGGGGAGUACUACUGAACAGGUGGACGGGGUCAGCACACGGCCGUCUGUACCAACUGGUGCUCAGGAGCCACCGACACUUAUGGAGAGUUCUGCAUCAAGAGAAGCAGUUCUUGCUGAGACUAUCCCAGAAGGUUCUGUUGUAUCGAUAGCACCUGUUGCCGCAAAGGACACGGCGGAUUCGGGAGCACGGUCGGUUCCUGCCGCCAAACCUCUCGCAAAACCAAGAGGGCGACCAAGGAAGUCUAUUCAGCAGCCACCGGUCAUACCGGCCGUUUUCCAAUCUCGAGAGGCAGAUGCUACUGCGAGUAUACCUGAAGGCUCUACGUUGUCGAUAACGCCUGGCGGCAAGAAAGCCGCGGAGCCCGGUGCCCCCUUGGUCUCUGCGGAAAAGCCACAAGUGAAACCAAGAGGACGGCCAAGAAAGUCUAUUGAAGGAAAGGGUAAGACGACCGCUUCGGCAAGCCUUCAUGAACAUAGGUCGAAAGCUCUCGUCGAGGGAAAUGAUCUUAAUGCGGUUUCUGUGGAUCACCAAGCAAAACCCAGAGGACGACCCAGGAAGUCUAUCCAAGACGAUAUUAAAAAGAUUCCUUCUACAAGUCUCGAUAAGCCUGUGUCAAGAACUGCUGUUGGGGAUCCUGAUGGCAAGGCUAAAUCUUCAACGACUAAACGGCCGGCGAAGGAGAAGAAUUUGGAUGGUGAUGCCUCUUCCGGGCAACAAGCCAAGAUGUUGGACAUCAGUAACGACGAAGGGCCUGUGGAUGGCCAUUCUCAUGAACAUCCCCUUGCUCUCUUUGCCUCACCACAAGUUGUACAAAAUGAUGACAAGAGCGUGGGAGCCACCGAGGUAAAUGCAGUUCGCAAACCGAUUGCUUCAAGUACUUCUGCGGUUCCAUUAACCCUCGAGCGUGCUCUGGAUGAAGACUUUCUUGCGGCUCUGGAAAACCCAAGUUUUAAGGCACCACGAAAAAGGAAGAGUCUGCCUCUGUCGCGAUCAUUAGCCAAGAGCACGCCCGCAGCCAAAGACGAAUACGCGACGCCAACAACUUCAUCGCACAAGAAGGUUAGGUUCUCUAGUGACACGAAGCUCAAGAGCCCACUGUACCCGAAGUCGACGAUGGCGAACGACCAUUUCGACGAACUGAUCUCUUACGAGGCGCACUCACGGAAAGGUCGUGGCGAGGCGGGGAAAGCAGAAGUUAUUUGUGACGACGUGAUCUUGAUUGCAAGCAUGAGCCCGGCUAAGAAAGCUCAAUACGAGGAAGAAGCAGAUGAGGAGGUUUCACUGGUGCUCGAGGAAGAUGACGAUGAUGUGGUAUUAAUUUGAUGGACAACGGACAAAAUAUGUUCAGGAUCUGUUCAGGGUCGAGCGGUUAUGGUAUGGCGUGGUUUGGGGGACGGGGAC